AAACAAUACAAAUAGCGAUCGUAUGACAAAACGUUCUGAGGAUGUUUAUGCUACAAAAUGUCAAUCUUAACGAAUAUGACAAUGGUUUGCAUCUAGCAACGUCAGUGUUGCCAAAUCUCAAUAUAUAAGUAACAGCCCUCGUAUUUCUCAUAGGCACAUAUUCAACGCCAUUUAUUUAUUAUUAUCCACGUUGUAAUGCCUUUUUGUUAAACUACUUUUUUUGAUGCAGUCUAUAUUAUUAAUAUUUUAUUAUAUUUUCUAGUGGGAGCUCGAAAAGUUGACACGUUUGGAAGAAGUUGGUCGUGUUCGACAUUUGCUACAAUUGCGUGAACGGCUUGGUCUAGAUACAAAUCCAAAUCCAACAACAAAAACUGAAAAAGAUGUCUGUAAUCUGGCUGCUAGAGCAUCAACCUCCCCAGUUCAUAUGGUUAUUCCACCAUCUCCACAAACACCAAUUCAAGAAGGGAAUAUUUCAAGCAUUUUAAAUGAUCGCGAGUAUACUUUUCGAGAGCAGGCACUUCUUAAAAGGUGUAUUAGCUUAAUACAAGGAUGUAUUGGAAGUUCCGGGAAUAUUGCUUCUAAAGAGAUAACACAACCCUCAAACAUGCAUGUAGAUGCCUCUCCAUCUGGUGAUGAAGGAUGCGCUGAUAUGAAUAUGAGCUAUCUAUCAAGCAAUUCAAUUGAGCUGUGUUCACCUGAGAAAAUUGAUGUUCCUAACGGUUGGGAGGCACCAGCACCUCCUAUUCAACCUCUCCUGCAACCGCUUAGAUUAUAUGUACCCGAAUUGGAAGAAAUAAGAAUCAGUCCUGUUGUGGCUCGCAAAGGUUAUCUCAAUGUAUUGGAGCAUGGAGGAUCUGGUUGGAAAAAGCGUUGGGUGACCGUGCGGAGACCCUAUGUAUUAAUAUUUAAAUCGGAAAAAGAUCCAGUUGAACGAGCGGUCCUAAAUUUGGCAACAGCCCAAGUAGAAUGCAGCGAAGAUCAAGCAGCAAUGGUCAAAAUUCCGAAUACAUUUAGGUUCGGUGUUGUAACGAAACAUAGAGGCUACUUAUUACAAACUCUUGGAGAUAAAGAAGUUCAUGACUGGCUGUAUGCCAUUAAUCCACUUUUAGCAGGUCAAAUUCGGUCACGUCUAGCACGGAAAAAUAACGAAAUACAACAGCAACAAGCAUUGCCAUCUCACUUAAUUACUAAAUGAAAUUCGACAAUUUUAUUAUAUUAAUAUUAUUAUUGUCUAUGCAUUCUUUUACUAUGAGAGUAUAUUGUAAUUGCAACCUUGAAUUAUUACAUACAAUAACGCUAUUUUGCUUCAUACUUGAGUAAACCUUAUGUAACCAAUAUGUUGAAAAAAUCUACUCAUCAAGUCUACUUUACAUGCUUUAUAAAUAAAAAAUUCAAAAUAGCACAAACCUA